AUGCCUUACAACAUUGCGAUGGUCAGCGACUUCUUCUUCCCCCAACCGGGGGGUGUGGAAAGCCACAUAUACCAGCUAUCUUCGAAGCUGAUCGAUCGUGGCCAUAAGGUCGUGGUGAUCACACAUGCAUACAAUGGCCGCACGGGGAUUCAUUACUUGACGAACGGACUAAAAGUCUACCACGUUCCCUUCCUGGUCAUCUACCGAGAAACAACCAUGCCCACGGUGUUCUCGUUCUUCCCCAUUUUCCGCAACAUCGUCAUCAGGGAAGAGAUCCAGAUUGUUCAUGGUCAUGGAAGCUUGAGCAGCUUCUGUCAUGAGGCUAUUCUUCACGCUCGAACCAUGGGCCUACGCACCGUUUUCACCGAUCACUCCCUGUUUGGAUUUGCUGACGCUGCUUCCAUCUUGACGAACAAGCUACUCAAGUUCGCCCUAAGUGAUGUUGACCAUGUCAUCUGUGUCAGCCAUACCUGCAAGGAAAAUACCGUUCUUCGAGCGUCUCUUGACCCGUUGAUGGUGUCAGUGAUACCGAAUGCCGUGGUUGCCGAAAACUUCCAACCCAAGACAUACGUCUCCAAGUCCGACAACAAUACCGGAUAUAUGAGACCCAGGCCACUUCCACAGCGCCUCGGUCCUGGAGACACAAUUGUGAUUGUGGUGAUAUCCCGACUCUUCUACAACAAAGGAACCGAUCUUUUGAUUGCUGCCAUUCCAAGAAUCCUUGCCGCACAUCCUAAUGUCCGUUUCAUCAUCGCCGGCUCAGGGCCCAAAGCCAUCGAUCUAGAACAGAUGCUCGAAAGGCGAAUGCUUCAAGACAAAGUCGAAUUGCUCGGCCCUGUGCGCCAUGAAGAAGUCCGUGACGUGAUGGUCAAGGGGCAUAUCUACUUACAUCCAAGCCUGACUGAGGCGUUUGGGACCGUGAUUGUGGAGGCCGCGAGUUGUGGGCUGUACGUGGUUUGUACCAGAGUCGGUGGGAUACCUGAGGUGCUUCCAGCGCACAUGACGACCUUUGCUAAGCCUGAAGAGGACGACUUGGUUGUGGCGACUGGUAAAGCUAUAGCUGCCUUGCGCUCGGGCAAGGUGAAAACUGAACGCUUCCACGAUCAGGUCAAGAUGAUGUAUUCCUGGACCGAUGUUGCCCAACGGACGGAACGAGUAUAUGAUGGCAUCACGGGCGCGAUUACUGAACAAGAGUUCUACGGUCAACAUGCAAAUGCCCCUUGGAGUGCCUCCCGUGUCCGCGGUUACGCACUGAUCGACCGACUAAAACGAUAUUAUGGAUGUGGUAUAUGGGCUGGGAAGCUAUUCUGCCUCUGCGUUGUCAUCGACUAUCUCAUAUUUCUGUUCCUGGAGAUCUGGGCCCCGAGAUCACGAAUCGAUAUUGCACGAUCUUGGCCACGAAAGCCCUUCAUCAAUGAUAAGAACAAGCCGGUGGAGAAUGGUACAUACCGUCGACGAGGCACAGAUGUCAUGGAUCGACGAAAUGGUAGCCUCGUCAUGCGAUGA